GAAAAGGUGCAGGUGUAACCCGAAACUUUUGCACCUGCGCUAAUAUUUGUCUUUGACGCUUGAGGCGCUUAGACACGGUGGGAAAAUGGCAGCCACGACUAUUUCUGUUGAACAAGACCAGUUUUGUUGCUCUGUGUGUCUUGAAGUGUUGAAGGACCCCGUGACCAUCCCGUGUGGACACAGCUACUGCCUGGACUGUAUUGAGGAUUACUGGAACAGACCGAAGCAGAAAGGCCAGUACAGCUGUCCACAGUGUAGGCAAGUCUUCAACCCAAAACCGCUGCUCUGCCGAAACACCGUGCUGGCUGAAGUCGUGGGGAGCCUACAACGCACAACCUCACGACCUCCCACUCCGAACCAAACCAAACCUGGAGACAUCAAAUGCAGCGUUUGUACGGGAAGGAAAGGCAAAGCGGUGAAAGCGUGCCUUACGUGCGCCGGAGCGUACUGCACUGCGCACCUGAAAGCCCACGAAGAGCGUUUCCACCGGGGACACAAGCUGAUCCCAGCCACGGAGGAGUUUAAGGAGAGACUGUGCCCGCUUCAUAAUGACAAAGUUCUGAAGCUGUUCUGUCGCAGUGAGCAGCAGCCCGUGUGCGCGCUGUGCGUAAAGGACAAACACAAGGGCCAUGAGCACGUCAGGCUGGAGGAGGAACGGGCCGCGCAACAGAGGAAACUGCAGGAGAGCUCUUUGAAGUCUGUGCAGAAAAUGAAGGAGGCUGAGAAGGAGCUGCGAUUCGCCAUCAGAUACAUCAAGCACUCCACAGAGGCGGUGGUGGAGGAGAGUGAGCGUGUCUUCUCCAGAUUGGUGCGUUCCAUAGAGAAGCAGAGCGCGGAGCUGGAGGAGCUGCUCAGGUCCCAGGAGAGAGGGGCCGUGGGGCAGGCGGAGGAGCAGCUCGAGAGGGUCCAGAGAGAGCUGAGUGAGCUGAGGAGAGGAGGGGACGAGCUGGAGAGACUGUCCCGUACAGAGGACCAUGUGCACUUCAUACAGAAGUCCAAGUCUUUUCAUUUCCCUGUGAAGAGCGCCGAGCUGCCCAGUACAGACGCACUCACUUAUCUGAUGUACAAAAGCAUGAGAGCAGCGCUGGCUGACCUCAAAGACAGUCUGGACCAAGCACUGGAACGAGAAUUCAGCAGGAUCUCAGAAAAAGUCAUUUCAUUGAAGGAAACAAAUAACCAGACGAUUUAUGAAAAAGCUCAAGCAUCAAAAGUGAAAGAGCUGGACUUGACAAAAUCUGAGCCAAAGACAAGAACUGAUUUUUUACAGUACCACCACGACUUAACCCUGGACCCCAACACUGUUAACCCCUUCCUGGUGUUCUCGGAGCGGGGCCACGGGGUCACCACUCUGGCUGAAGCCCAGCCGUACCCAGACCACCCAGACCGCUUCACCUCGUGGGCCCAGGUCCUUUGCAAAGCUGGGAUGGCCGGACGCUGCUACUGGGAGGUGGAGUGGAGCGGGAACGGAGGGGUCUCAAUCGGGGUUUGCUACAAAAACAUAAGUCGUAGCGGAGGAGGCAGUGAAUGCAAACUGGGACAUAAUGCUAAAUCAUGGAGUCUGGACUGUUCCUAUUCUACUUGUUCAUUUCAGCACAAUAAGGAGAGUUUGACAAUCAGUGCACCAUGUUUUAGCAGAAUAGGGGUGUACUUGGACUACAGAGCCGGGGUACUGGCUUUCUACGGUGUUUCAGAUAAAAUGGUCCUGCUACAUAAAGCCAAAGCGGCGUUUGCCCAACCACUACAUCCAGGAUUCUGGGUGGGACUUGGUUCAACUUUAAAACUGUGCUCACCAUAAGCAUAAUACACAGGUGGGAUUUGGCUUGUAAGUGGUUGCAGAGUGGUUAGCCAUGGCUAUUUCUGCACAAAGCAAAGGCGUAGCUUGGUUAAGACAAUCUCUACUUUAAGCAUUAGGGAUGGGACAAGAUCUCAGCCACAAGAUCUCGCACACAUGAGAAAAAUGAUUGUGAGAUUUGUAUUGGACAAAAAAGGUUAAGUUCUGGAGGAGUUACAUCUCCUAUUGUCAAAGUCUCAUUUUGUCUCAUUCUCGUGGACCCAAUCUUGUCUCGUCCCACCCUUAUUAAGCAUGCAUGUUCCUGCUCGUGCCGUUUCUCCAGGUUGUCAGACAUGCGUGCAUUGUGUCCCUGACAAAAUGGUAGGGUAGACUUUGGACAACUUUUCACUCCAUUGAAAGUUUUCUUUAAAAAGUUGAAACCAGUAAUUACCUACAACUCCUAAAUUAAUCUAUGUAUAUAAUAGCAUAUGACGUUUUCUGCAUAUACUGUGUAAAGAACUAUGAAAGACCAAAGCUCAUGGACUACCUCUAAAAAUACUUUUGGAAAGUUGAUCUUAAAAUUUUAACUGUACCCACUUCUCUACAUUAAAUCCAAUCAAAAGCUGUGUUUAACAGUCUAAUUGUGCAUAAUCUGUAACAAACAACUUAACACAGAAAUUGUGCUCAUUGCAUAGUAUUUUAUUAACUGUGCAACAGUGGAUGGACUUUAGAUCUUGUUGAAGGCGGCGACGUCUACACUCUGGACCUGCAGACAAGAACCACAAGUUAAUAAUUGUGCCAAUAUGUAUGGUAAUUAAAGUACGUUUUAUUCUGAAA